UACAAUUCUCAUAAUCUAAUCUUAGUGGAGGACUGAUGAAAUGAAACAUCGGAUUCAUCAAGGUCCCAACUUUUUCCCUAGUUUGACCCUUGAUUUUGCAGUGAGUUGCUGUUGAAGAAAGAGCCAUGCUCACUUUGUAAACCCUUUUGAAGAAAGAGACUUUCGGCUUUUCCUUUUGACUUUUUCCGAGGCAGAUCUUGAGUUUCACUUUGGCAUAUAUCAUUUGAAGUUGUAACGCUGAAAUUUGAGCAAGUGAAUUGGUAGAUUUGUAGUUGGAGAGAUGGGGAACACUUGUGUUGGACCGGGCAUAGUGAAAAAUAAUUUUAUCCAAUCCGUGUCCGCCGCGAUGUGGCGGACCCCGGCCCCGGGGAGUAAUGACCCUUCUGUCAAUGGGGGGAGUGUCAAGAGCGAGGCUCAAGUGGAGCCGGAAUCGCCUGUGCCGGUUCAAAGCACGCCACCGGAGCAAGUGACGAUGCCAAAGCCAGAGCCGAAGCCGAAGCAGGAUGAGAAGGCGGCGAAUGCUAAGAAACCUAUGAAGAGGAAUACUAGUGCAGGGCUUAGGACAGACUCUGUUUUACAGAGGAAAACUGGGAAUUUGAAGGAGUUUUUCACAAUGGGGAAGAAAUUAGGGCAGGGGCAGUUUGGGACGACGUUCCUCUGCGUGGAGAAGGCUACGGGGACUCAGUAUGCUUGCAAGUCUAUUGCUAAGAGGAAGUUGCUGACUGAUGAGGAUGUCGAGGAUGUUAGAAGGGAGAUUCAGAUAAUGCACCAUCUGGCUGGGCACCCGAAUGUUAUAUCCAUCAAGGGGGCAUACGAGGAUGCUGUUGCGGUUCAUGUUGUCAUGGAGUUGUGUGCGGGGGGUGAGCUUUUUGAUAGGAUAAUACAGCGUGGGCAUUAUUCCGAAAGGAAGGCAGCUGAUCUUACAAGGACGAUUGUUGGUGUGGUGGAAGCUUGCCAUUCCUUGGGUGUGAUGCAUCGUGACCUUAAGCCGGAGAAUUUCCUUCUUGUUGAUCAGAAGGAGGAUUCACUUCUUAAAACAAUUGAUUUUGGAUUAUCUAUGUUUUUCAAGCCAGGAGAGAAGUUUCACGAUGUGGUAGGCAGUCCAUAUUACGUUGCACCCGAAGUUCUUAGAAAGCAUUAUGGUCCUGAAGCUGACGUUUGGAGUGCUGGAGUGAUCGUUUACAUUUUGCUCAGUGGAGUCCCUCCGUUUUGGGCUGAAAAUGAGCAAGGUAUAUUUGAGCAAGUCCUGCAUGGCGAUCUUGACUUCACAUCGGAACCUUGGCCGAGUAUCUCUGAUGAUGCAAAAGAUUUAGUUAGGAGAAUGCUCAUCCGAGAUCCCAAACGGCGUUUAACUGCCCAUGAAGUCCUCUGCCACCCUUGGGUACAAGAGGAUGGUGUGGCGCCUGACAAGCCUCUCGACUCUGCAGUUCUAAGUCGCUUGAAACAAUUUUCUGCAAUGAACAGGCUCAAGAAAAUGGCCCUUAGAGUGAUUGCAGAGUCCAUGUCUGAAGACGAAAUCGCUGGGCUAAAAGAGUUGUUCAAGAUGAUAGACACAGAUAAUAGCGGUCAAAUAACUUUCGAAGAGCUCAAAGCUGGACUGAACAGAGUUGGUGCCAACCUAAAGGAGUCCGAGAUUUACGAUCUAAUGCAAGCAGCUGAUGUUGACAACAGUGGGACAAUCGAUUAUGGGGAGUUCAUAGCUGCAACGUUGCAUCUAAACAAGAUCGAGAAGCAGGAUCACCUAUUUGCUGCAUUCCAGUAUUUUGAUAAAGACGGGAGUGGCUACAUCACCCACGACGAGCUUCAACAAGCUUGUCUAGAGUUUGGCCUAGACGACACCAGCCUUGAAGAAAUGAUCCAAGAAGUCGAUCAAGACAAUGAUGGUCGUAUUGACUACAACGAGUUUGUGACGAUGAUGCAAAAGGGGCAUCCGAUUGGCGGUGGUGUUAAACGAGGCCUUGAGAACAGCUUCAGCCUAAAUUUUAGAGAAGCACUAAAACUUACAUAGAGACUUUUUUUUGUCCUUUAUUUAUUUCAUUAUCAUAUCAUCUUUUUCCUCUCUGGACGAGACAAAUUGGGUUUCCUGGCAUAUGUUGUAACUUUUUUCAAGGAUUUGAACAUUUGUCUCUAUCUUGUACUACACUGUAAUUUGCUAAGUGCAUGAAGAUGAUAGGCAAGCUUCAAAGUUUUCUUCUGCA